UCCCGCCGCCAUGUUCUGAGCCGGAAUCCCAUCUCCUUGGAAAGAAAAAUAAUAACAAAUCAGAAUGACCUUUCUCUAGUGAAAUAAAAAGGCAGCUCCGGACAUCGAGGAGGCUUGUAUUCGAGUGUUCCCGGACGGAAAGGGCAGUUUUAUGUUGUUUGCGCUGGGGGAAGAAGCCGGUAGCUGGUCUGGUGCUCAGAAACCGGAUGAAAGAGAGGAAGAAGCUGUUCCUGAAUCGCUGAGUGUGCCUUCAGCUUCUGUACCUCCUUCCUGAUGGUGACAAUGAGAAGAGGGCAUGCCCAAGUUUUUGAUGUGAUCUGCUCCAAGACACAAGGUUUCCUUUUGGGAAAAGUCGAUUAGGCAUUGACUAAUUUUGGAAUUGCAGAAGUAGGUGAUGCUGGGACGAGUGUGCCAGCAAUCAAAACAAGGGAUGGCUUAAUUGGUGCCUGGCAUAGUUUUGUGGGUCCAAGUUGCUCGCUCUUGAUCAGAUGAUGGUAGAAAUAAUAAACUAAGAUUUGAUCUUGAGUGGAAUACAAGAACAACAAAGUGAUACCAAAGAAUUGUACAUAAACUGUAGUAGUGGAGUUAACAUGGAUGAAGACGGACAACAUAGUUUGGAAUGUAUCCAAGCCAAUCAAAUCUUUCCUAGAAAAAAACUAAUUAGAGAAGAAGAAAACCUCCAGGUUCCAUUCCCAGAACUUCAUGGAGAAAGUACAGAAUACAUAGGACGUGCUGAAGAUGCAGUUAUUGCUUUGUCUAAUUAUAGAUUACACAUCAAGUUUAAGGAAUCACUUGUGAAUGUUCCUUUGCAACUGAUUGAAAGUGUUGAAUGCCGUGAAAUGUUCCAGCUUCAUUUGACUUGUAAAGAUUGCAAAGUUAUCAGGUGUCAGUUUUCUACCUUCGAGCAAUGUCAAGAGUGGGUAAAGCGUUUGAAUAAUGCUAUACGACCUCCUACAAAGAUAGAAGACCUUUUUGCCUUUGCUUACCAUGCUUGGUGUAUGGAUGUAUAUGCCAGUGAAAAAGAGCAACAUGGAGACCUGUGUCGACCAGGUGAGCAUGUUGUUUCAAGAUUUAAAAAUGAAGUGGAACGAAUGUGUUUUGAUAUGAAAAAUGCAUGGCGGAUCACAAAUAUCAAUGAUAAAUACAAGUUAUGUGCCAGUUACCCACAGCAAUUACUUGUACCAGCUUGGCUAACUGAUAAAGAGCUUGAAAGCGUUGGAAACUUUAGAUCAUGGAAAAGAAUUCCGAGUGUUGUCUACAGGCACCAGGGUAAUGGAGCAGUGAUUGCACGCUGUGGUCAACCGGAGGUCAGCUGGUGGGGCUGGAGGAACGCAGAUGAUGAACACCUAAUACAAUCUGUUGCAAAAGCUUGUGCCAUGGAUAGCAACUCCCUGAAACAUGUCAAUGGCAUUUAUAUGCGCGAUUGUCCUAAUGGCAGUGACCUGUCUGAUGGAGAAUUUGAUUCUUCAAUGACUAAUACAACUGGAGUAGAAAAUAUAUGCAAUCCGCCACAUAAACUUUUGAUAUUAGAUGCGAGGUCAUAUGCAGCAGCUGUAGCUAACAGGGCAAAGGGUGGUGGAUGCGAAUGUCCUGAGUAUUAUCCCAACUGCGAAGUAGUGUUCAUGGGUAUGGCAAAUAUUCACUCCAUUCGGAAGAGUUUCCAGUCAUUGAGAUUUCUCUGUACUCAAAUGCCAGACCCUGGAAACAGUUGGUUAUCAGCAUUAGAAGGUACCAAGUGGCUUCAGCAUCUAUCCAUGCUCUUAAAAGCAGCAGUACUUGUAAUUAAUGCAGUCGAUCGAGACCAGCGGCCUGUUUUAGUGCACUGCUCUGAUGGCUGGGACAGAACACCACAGAUAGUGGCUCUAUCAAAAUUACUGCUGGAUCCUUAUUACAGAACAAUUGAGGGCUUUCAGGUACUGGUGGAAACAGAAUGGCUGGAUUUUGGUCAUAAGUUUGCUGAUCGGUGUGGCCAUGGAGAAAACUCGGAUGACUUUAAUGAACGCUGUCCUGUAUUUCUUCAAUGGUUGGAUUGUGUCCAUCAGUUACAGAGGCAGUUCCCUUGUUCAUUUGAGUUUAAUGAAGCAUUCCUUGUUAAAUUGGUGCAGCAUACAUAUUCUUGCCUUUUUGGAACAUUCCUGUGCAACAGUGCAAAGGAGCGUGAAGAGAAACACACUCAGGAAAGAACCUGUUCUGUUUGGUCCCUACUGAGGCCUGCCAACAAAGCCUUUAAAAAUCUCCUAUACACCUCACAAUCUGAAACUGUAUUGCAUCCAGUGUGCCAUGUAAGGAAUUUAAUGCUUUGGAGUGCAGUGUACAUACCCAAUUCAUCUCCCUCUACACCUGCUGAUGACCACUAUGCCCCUUAUCCAGUUCCAAGGUCCAUUCCUGAAGAACAGACGUUGGGAAGGUUACCAAAGACUAGAUCAUUUGACAACCUGACAACUGUUUGUGAUAACCCUGGGCCUACAGCAAAUAGACGCUCCAGUGAUCCAAGCCUAAAUGACAAAUGGCAGGAGCAUCGCAAGUCGUUGGAACUUAAUAGUGUCGGAUUAGGAGGAAUGAUGGAUGGGAAUGGACUGGAUGAUUCCUACAGCAAUGAAGCACUGAAAUUGGGAAAGAACCCAUUAGAAGCUGAACUUUCUGUUGCUGCUGGUGUUGGGGAAGGUCAAAUAGAGAAUAUUUUACAAGAAGCAUCUAAAGAGGAUGGUGCGUUGGAGGAACAAUCAAAGGAUGUGACAACAAUAGAACUAAAACAAGAAGUAAAUGUAUUAAGUAGUGAAAGUGAUCUUGAUACUGGCUUGAGUAACCAUUUGGUAACGGACUCUUCAGAAACUUUAGCAACUAAUGAAAUGGAAAAUGCUGAACCUGAUUCUGGGCUUGUUACAAGCUCAGAAGAAGAGACACAGGAGGGUGGCUUGGAUUCCGUUAAUCAUACUCAAGUAGGUGUGAGAGAUGUUGCCCCAGAUUGCCCAUCAAGUAAUACAAAACCAUGUGUUGCAGCAGAGGACUUUGACCCAGACAUUGAACCAGAAAGUCACUUUACUACACCUCAACCUUGCUUAUCACACUUAAUUGCUCCAGACAAACUGGAGGAGAAAAUAUCUACUUUGGAAAGUUCUACAGAAACAUUAACAGAAGAUGGAGCAAAGCAGGAUGUGCCACAAACCUACUCUAAUAAACUUUAUUUAAAUACCAGGGCCAAUGGUACAUUGGUACCUGCUACAGACUCUAAUUUUUCUCAGUUUUUGCCUGAAAAUCAGGAUACAAUAGUGAAAUCCAGAUCAACUGAUACAAACAGGACUUCAGUUAAAAGCAUUCAGAGUACACAGCCUCCUCCUUGUGCCUUGUCAUUCAGUGAAUGUAAGGAUGGAUUUACUCCUAAUGGAGAAGUGAUCAAUGAAAAUGCAGUAAUUGAGAAAGCAAUGGACUUUGGGACUGGUGCUGAAAGAAAUAUCACAGCUAAUGGACUCUGUAUAAAUGGAGAUGAAGUAAGAGGGAAAAUGGUGUUAAGUAGGCAGGUUUCUGCAGCAAGUUGUAGUUCUUUGCAGUUUCCAUCUGGCCAUUUUAGAAACCCUCAGAUCAAGUGGUGUCACUACUAUUCUGGAAAGCAGCAGCCAAUAACGAGUCCAGAUCAACCUACACGAAGCCACUUGGAUGACGAUGGACUGCCCACAUACACUGAUGUUAUACAACAACGACUUCGUCAGAUGGAGACAGGUCAUCAGCAAGAAGUAGAAACUUUGAAAAAACAGGUACAAGACCUAUGGAGCAGGUUGGAAUUCCAGCAUUUUAGCAAUUCUUCACUGCGUUUUAAUGGGGAGUUUAGUGACGAAGUGACCUCUAUCCCAGACUCGGAGAGCAAUGUGGAUCAUAAUUGUUUAUCUCGCUGUAGCACGGAAAUAUUCUCUGAAACUAGUUGGGAACAAGUGGAUAAACAGGACGCAGAGGUAACUCGAUGGUAUCCUGAUCAUUUGGCUUCUCAGUGCUAUGGAUGUGAAAGUAGAUUCUGGCUAGCUAGCAGGAGACACCAUUGCAGGGACAGGGAGCCUGUUGAUGACAAAUGGAAUUGUGGGAAUGUAUUUUGCUCAAGUUGUUGCAAUCAGAAGAUCCCAGUGCCGAGUCAACAACUUUUUGAGCCUAGCCGUGUCUGUAAAUCCUGCUACAGCAGUCUACAGCCCAGUGGGUCUACCCUGGAGAUAGAACUGGACAAACCCAUUGCAGCUUCUUCAAACUAAAGGCAAUGCCUUUCUUCCCGGAAACACGCACAUUAUGGGAUGGUGUACAAGAAGCCAAGCUCUUGGUAUAAUUGUGCACUUAAGAUGGAACUGAAUGCACAUUAUAGCUUGGAAGUUCGAACAGGAUGUGGUGGAUGCAGACAUAUUUAGAUAGAGUAACUUAAAGCUGUUUGAAAGUUUAUUUACAGUGACUUGUGACUGGAAUAGAAUGGGCAGUGCAGUAUAUUACUGUAUUAACCAAAGGCCUUAGACCUGCAGAAGUGAUAAACAAAUUUUGAUGGAAGAUUGCAUUGUCGCACUACUCCUCCUACAUAAGUAAUUGAAUAUGUAAAAUCUUAAUAUGGAUCAGUGUUAAUUAUGUUCCUUUUUAUUUACUAAAUUGAUUUUUGGCAUGUACAGAAAGUAUUAUAAAUGCCCUCGAGUUGCAGCAAAAUGACUUUACAGUGAACUGAUGGGCACUGAAGGAAUGAAAUAUUUUAAGCUUUGUUUACACAAUGUUUUGUAAGCUCAAAUGUUUUUGUCUUCUAUUUGGAACAGGAUUUCUUUUGAGCUUGGUGAAUUGACCUCUUUCUGCUGUGAUUCUGAAAUGCAAAUGAAGGUUAGAGGAAGUCAAGAAAUGAGAAGUUCUGGAUAGGUGCCAUUGUUUAUGAUACGGGUUUCUGGGAUUGUGUUUUAAAAGCAUAUUUGACAUUCACUUUCAUUUCAUUUUCUUCAUGUAAGCACUUUUUUAAAAUUUCACUCUUUGUAAAUAAAGAGGACAAAAUGCUGUUGCUAGCUACAUAAGCACUCUUUCCUGAAAGAUUUAAGUGCUCCUUGCCCCACCAUGAAGAAAUGUUUUUUCCCAGUUUUGUUUUAGAAGUGCAUCAAGUGCUGUUAGCGUUUUAGAGAGGAUGUAAAGAAAAUUUAAAGUUUGGCAUUUGUAUGAAGCUUAUGCUAACUCUCAACAAUUUUAUUACUUUAUUAUUAAUAGAUGAGCAGUGUUUAAUAUAAAAUAAAAUUGGGCCAGUGGAUAUACAGGUAAAAACACCAAGUGCUUUUCCCCACUUGACAUUGAAGUUUAACUUCAUUGUUUAUUAAUAAUGUGCUGUAAGGUAUCAAUUAAUCCAACACUUUCCCCUCCUUUUUGCUCUUAAGUUGUAAACAGCCAAUCAUUGCAGCACAAUUAGGAUUUGCAAAAUGUAUUUGUAUCAGGCAUUGUUUCCCUAAUAAGAGGUAUGGGUGAUAAGUCCAUUGUAGGGACGUCGUUGAAACUGCUGUUUGUAACAAACAGGAAAGAACUGUUCCAACUCUCUAAAUUUAAAUUGCAUCUAAGUAAUUUACUGGUGCUGUUUUUGAUUUAUUCUGGAAUUACUUUGUUUAUUUUUUUAAAGUGACUAAAAAGAUUCCAUAAACCAGAUUAGAAAUUUCCUGGUAACAAAACUAACCACAGUUCACAUUACCAACUGGUUCAAUAAAAAGCUGAUGUAAGAAACUGCACUUUAUCAGUACAUUAGUUGCUUAGUAUAAUUCCAUUUUACAGUCUGUAAAUUUUUUUUAUUGAACUUGAAAUUCAGAAUCCACCUCAUCCUGGUGCUUGAUUUCACAGAAGUUGAAGUGUGUCGAGUACACACAGUAACAUCGUUUUGGGGUUUGGAACUAAAGUUAAAAUGCUGCUAAACAUAUUUUGAACAGUCUGGUCAUUUCUCCUCCCCACCCCCCCAAUCUUCUUUGUUUAAGUGACUGUUAUCCUUUUGUGGUAAUGGUAGACACUUCUGAUUGUACACUCAAGUGGAAUUUGUAAAGUAGCACUUAAAGCCAGACUUUAAUUGCUUUAAGAAUUGAUGCCACAAAGCUGAGUGUGGAAACUGUAGUGCUUACCUGUUUGUAAGCUUUCAUGGCAUAUACUCUUCUGUAGCCUCAGAAUGAUUUAUUUAAAUCUAAAUAAAUUUGUCAUUUUCAUAUAUUGUGUUUUAUCUUAAAUUUGAAUGACCGAUUUUAUUGCAUAUUCAUUACAAGUUGACUAAAGAGGGGGUCACUUUGAUUUUCAUAUCAACACAAUGGUUCAGUGAUGUACUGUCUACUAAAUGAAUGAUGUAUUUGGAUAUAAAUAGAGAUCUUCAGUAGUUUGAAAUCUGUCAUGCAUUUAGAAGGGUGAACUUUUUAAAUUUUGUGCAUUAGUUGGUCUCCUUAAGCAAUUUAACUAGACAAUCUGUAGUCACAUAUUUCUCUCUUACAUUUUUGUUGGGAAAGGAGAAGUGUAGAAAUAAUUUUUAAAUAUUAGAAAUCCCCAUUUGCUACCUUUCCCGUUGAAGUGCCUGGUUCACUGUGUAACAACAUUUCAGAUUACAAUCAUUCCAAGAAGAUACUGAGAUCCCAGGUAAUAUUGAGACUGUCUUU